CCUCCCGCCGCCUCUGUCUCCCUCUCUCCACGAACUGCCCAGGAGUGAGCAGCUGCUCUCUGACGGCCCGGACGACCUGGACGGCCCGACGAACAGACGCACGGACUGCCUGACACCCAAACCUGCCAACUAGCCAACCUGUGCCCUGCAGCUUCCCCUCCCCAGGCACACCCACCAUGUGGCCCCUGUGGCUCCUCGCAUCCCUGCUGGCCCUGAGCCAGGCCCUGCCCUUUGAGCAGAAGGGCUUCUGGGACUUCACCAUGGAUGACGGACUGCCCAUGCUGAACGAUGAGGAGGCUUCGGGUGCCGACACGACCUCAGGCGUCCCGGACCUGGACUCUCUCACGCCCACCUUCAGCGCCAUGUGUCCUUUCGGCUGCCACUGCCACCUGCGGGUCGUUCAGUGCUCUGACCUGGGUCUGAAGGCCGUGCCCAAGGAGAUCUCACCUGACACCACGCUGCUGGACCUGCAGAACAAUGACAUCUCGGAGCUCCGAAAGGAUGACUUCAAAGGCCUGCAGCAGCUCUACGCCCUCGUCCUGGUGAACAACAAGAUCUCCAAGAUCCACGAGAAGGCCUUCAGCCCCCUGCGGAAGCUGCAGAAGCUCUACAUCUCCAAGAACCACCUGGUGGAGAUCCCUCCCAACCUGCCCAGCUCUCUGGUGGAGCUCCGCAUCCAUGACAACCGCAUCCGCAAGGUGCCCAAGGGUGUGUUCAGCGGACUGCGCAGCAUGAACUGCAUCGGUGAGUGUGGCUGGCAGGAGGGGGUCUGGGAGAGGGGCCUCUUCCACCCAGAGCAGCACCACCAUGGCCUUGCCCUGGGGUCCUCAUGGAACAUUCUGGAGGCUGGUCUAGGGCAUGCCCCAGAGCCACAAAGGCAAGGUGAAGAGAAAGCAGGGGACUGUAAAGAGAGGGAAGGGAAAGGGCCAGUGCAGCCAGACCGCUGGCUGGGGACCACCAGGGGCCCAGCCAUGGGGGUUGGGCAGGCUGGGGGUCACCCAGCCUUGAUCUCUGGCUCCCCUCCAUUUCCUCCUGCUCCCCCUGCCCCCUGA